UCUAUAAAUUUAAAACGCCGAUGCUUCUUGGCCUUACUUCAACGUCAGUUCCAGAAUCCGCCUCCAAGCAUCUCCGGCCCGGCGGCUGGAGAUUUUACUCCGGCGGCUGCUGAAGCGAGUGUAGGGUAAUCGAAGGAGGUUUGUGGGAAGAUCGAGCGAGCACAAAGUAUUAACUAUGUCGGAUCUUCGGGCACCGCUUCGACCGAAAAGGAAGAAGGAUAUUGUGGACUUUUUGGUUCACUUCCGAUGGAUACUUGUCAUCUUUGUUGUCCUCCCAAUUUCUUUUACUGUCUACUUCCUUACUUACGUUGGUGAUGUAAAAUCUGCAAUGAAAUCUGAGAAAAAACGACAGGAGGAACAUGAAGAAAAUGUCAAGAAAGUUGUGAAUCGUCUCAAACAAAGAAAUCCAACGAAAGAUGGUCUUGUGUGCACUGCCAGAAAGCCAUAUAUUGCAGUGGGCAUGAGGAAUGUUGAUUAUAAACGUGCUAGGCAUUUCGAGGUUGAUUUGGCAGCAUUUAGAAAUAUCCUCGAAAUUGAUAAAGAGAGGAUGGUUGCCAAGGUGGAGCCUCUUGUUAAUAUGGGCCAAAUUACAAGAGCUACUGUUCCGAUGAAUUUAGCCCUUGCUGUUGUCGCUGAGCUUGAUGAUCUCACGGUUGGUGGUCUAAUCAAUGGCUAUGGCAUAGAAGGAAGCUCUCAUAUAUACGGUUUGUUCUCUGAUACUGUUGUUGCUCUAGAGGUUGUGCUUUCUGAUGGACGUGUGGUCAGGGCAACAAAAGAUAAUGAGUACUCAGACCUUUUCUAUGCUAUUCCAUGGUCUCAAGGAACACUUGGGCUCUUGGUUUCUGCAGAGAUUAAGCUCAUACCUGUUAAAGAGUACAUGAAACUAACUUACAAACCAGCAAGAGGAAACUUGAAAGAACUUGCACAGGUAUAUGCUGAUUCUUUUGCACCAAGAGAUGGAGACCAAUCAAAGGUUCCUGAUUUUGUUGAGGCGAUGAUAUACAAUCCUACGGAAGGUGUCUUCAUGACUGGAGUAUAUGCUUCUAAGGAAGAGGCAAAGAAAAAAGGAAAUGUAAUCAACAACCAAGGAUGGUGGUUUAAGCCCUGGUUUUACCAACAUGCUCAGAAAGCACUAAAGAAGGGUGAGUUUGUUGAAUACAUUCCAACCAGAGAAUAUUAUCAUAGGCACACAAGAUGUCUGUAUUGGGAGGGAAAGCUUAUAUUGCCAUUUGCCGAUCAAUGGUGGUUCAGGUGGCUUCUUGGUUGGAUAAUGCCUCCAAAGGUUUCACUGCUUAAGGCCACACAGGGAGAUGCUAUUAGGAAUUAUUAUCAUGACAGGCAUGUGAUACAAGACUUGUUGAUUCCUCUUUACAAAGUUGGAGAUGCUCUUGAAUUUGUUCACCAGGAAAUGGAGGUUUAUCCCAUCUGGCUCUGUCCGCAUCGCCUGUUCAAACUCCCUCUGAAAACCAUGGUGUUUCCAGAAGCAGGCUUUGAACUCCACCACAGGCAGGGAGACACGAGCUACGCCCAAAUGUUUACCGACGUCGGCGUAUACUAUGCUCCGGGACCGGUCCUUAGAGGCGAGGAAUACAAUGGCGCGGAGGCUGUUCAUCAUCUCGAGCAGUGGCUGAUUGAAAACCAUGGAUUCCAACCCCAGUACGCAGUUUCUGAACUCAGUGAGAAGGAUUUCUGGAGAAUGUUUGAUGGGAGCCUCUAUGAGCAAUGCCGCAGGAAAUAUGGCUCUGUGGGAACCUUUAUGAGCAUCUACUACAAGUCAAAGAAAGGCAGAAAGACUGAGAAGGAAGUUCAGGAAGCUGAGGCUGCUAUCCUCGAACCUGCAGAAGCUGAAGUGGCCUAAGCGAUCUGCUAAUGUCAGGGAAUAAAGAAUCUCAACUUAAGGUCGGAUUCUUUGGCUAGCUUUUAUUCCAAGAUUGGCAGGUUUUAUCCUCUCUCUCUUUGAAGGUAGUUUUCUUGUUUGUCUUUUGGUAUUUCUGUUAUUGAAUGGGUUGUGCUUCUGCGCUUUCCUGUUUCCUGUUUCUUGUUUACUAGUUAUCGGAACGGAACCUGACUGAUAAUUUUGCUAAUAUUUUCGAAUGCUUAUUGGAAUUGCUAUAAUA